CCUCUCACAUUCAGCUGCAACAACACAGCAGGUCCUCAGACUGAGCAGUUGAUCGACCCGUGUGUGCGCGCGCGUGUGUGUGUGCAUGUCUCAGAUCGCCGCUGGCCUCGCUGCUGCGCGUGUUUAGAGGCGCUCGGACCGAAGCCGUGCGGACUGACUCAGCCAUGAAGGGCCCCAGCACAGAGGCGGAGGUAAUAGAGGAGGGCACUCCGACGCCAGCCGACCCCAGCGGUGAAGAACUUCCACCGUACCUGCGUGAAGAACCACCUGAGGAUCUGGACAAGGAUCAUCCGAAGAGCGAGGGGGGCGUGGUCUGGAGAGUGACGGGCGGCCUGUUCAACCUGACCAAAGGAGCGGUGGGCGCCACCCUCGGGGGCGUGGCCUGGGUGGGCAGCAAAAGUUUUGAGUUGACCAAAACCGCUGUGACGAGCGUCCCAGCGGCCGGCGUGGGAUUGGUCAAGGGCAGUGUCUCCGUGGUAACGGGAGGGGUGGGGGCGGUGGGGUCGGCGGUGGCUGGUAAAGUUACAUCAAAGAAAAAAGACAAGUCAGACUAGACUGGCUUACGGCUCCACUCCUCUGUUUGCUUCGAUGUAUCCGUUACUGUCUGAGCGGGUGUGCGGUCACUCUCUUGGGUUUGAGUGUUUGGAAACUGUAAGAAGACCAAGUUUUUGUCAGAAGUUGCCCUCUUGCGCCCGACGAGGAUCAGCUUAUACCUCCCUAAGCCUGUUAGCACUAGAAGAGAAACCGCAGAACUUCCCUCAAGAACGGCACAAAGGGGCAACUUCUGCUGGUGUACAUGGCUACAUCUGAUGUAUGUGUGACCAUUGGGAUCUCAUGCUUUUUGUUGGUCUGAUAGUUUGAUUGUACGUUUGUUUUUGUUUUUCUGUUUAUUUAAUGGACGAGGGACGGGACUGUAUGUCUGUAUCAUUGAAAAAGAAACUCUCCAUUCUUUAAAACGACAUGAUGCUAAUGUAUCUAUUAUUGGACCAGCCGGUGUGAAACUCUGCGUAAGUAUUAUUUAAGGCGAUGCACUUUCAGCGGAAUAACACCCUGAUGUGCAAUGACAGGGCCGUCCUAAUGGCUUUAUGCUGUGUUCAUGACAAGUGGGAGUUUGGAAUUUUCCAACUCAGAAUUUCCUACUUCCUAUCUAAAAGCAUUCAAUCAAAUUCACACAGUUUUUAGGGCCUCUUCUAGAUUUUUCAUGUACAUAAGUCCACUUAAACCUUAUGUGGGUUUAAGUAACAGUAAUAAUUCAUCCUCCAUGGCCUCUUUAUUCCUUAGAGAUGAACAGGCUGUUUUCUUUCUUUAAGAUUCAUAAAUGUAACUUAUCUCUGUUUUGAUUGGCUGCAUUAUGUAUUAAGCAGUCUGGACUAAAACACUCCUUAUAACAGAAUUGCAAAAAAAUGUUAUGUUGGCAAGUGAAAUUAUCUUAAAUCUAGUCGAUGUAUUUAAUAUGUCUCAUUUUGAGAUUGUUGUUGGCUUAUUAUUAGCUGCUUUAGUUUAUUUUUAUGUUUUAAUAGUUUUUAUUAAGUCAAAUUAUCUCACUAUUUUGCCAGAUAAUCUCAAAGACUUGCUUGUUUCAAGUGUGUUUCUUACAACAAGCAAAUUUAUUUGUCAAUAUAGAGAGACAACUUACUUACUAAAAUAACUUCAAUAGAAAACAUAUAGAAAUAACUUGAUCUCAUAAGAAAUUGCAACCUAAAAAUGAGAAACUAGAUAAUCAGAACUAGAUUUAAGUUGCCUUUUUUUCAGUAUUUAGUGUGAAUGAGGUGAAGCUAAUUUUCUGUCGGCUGGACGGAUUUGUGGAUUCAAAACCAGCUGUUUUUGUAGCUCAGUUUCUGUAUAUGGACAGUAUUUAUACACUACAUCAUAUUCUUUAAAAAAAUCCAUGUAAUGGGACCUUUAAGUUAUAUUGGAAGGUCACAGUAGAAAAGAACUGUGCAAUAAAAAGCUCCUAAAUAGUGUUUACAUUUGAAUUAAAGAGCUGUUUAGUUAGUGCUUCAUUUAUUUUAGGGGUGGGUGUUGGUCAUGGCAAUCUUUGGUUAAUAUAGUGCUGGAGGUUGAAACAAAAGCAUCCAGUCUGAUCAAAAAUAUUGCACAGAAUAGUUUAAUCUUAUAUAGAUCACAUUUUACUAGCGUUUAUCCACUUAAUUCACAAAAAGCAUAAACAGAAACUCAAAAAUAAUGUUUAAAAAGCUUAAAACACCAUAUAAUGUCUUUUUCUACACUGCAAAAGAUGAUAUAUUGGCGUGUGAAGUCAUCUUAAAUACAGUUGAUGUGUCUAAUAUUGCUGAUAGAUUGCUUUAAGCAUAUUAUAAGACAUUUUGACUUAUUUAAAAAAAAAUUUAAUCUAGUUUUAUUAAGCUAAAUUAUCUCACUAUAUAGGCAGGUCAUUUUGCUUGUUGUAAGAAAUAUGCGUGAACCAAGUUAUCUGCCAAAUAUAGUGAGAUCAUUUGACUUCUUGAAACCAAACACCUAGAAACAAGUUAAUGAAUCUACUUAUAAGCUUAUAGUGAUUUUAAAAUGAAAUAUUAGUAUGCAUACAAUCAUUUGCCUUUCCAAGACAGUGUGGGGGUGACGCCUUGUUCAAAUACCAGAACAGCUAUGGUGGAUGAAGUUCACAAAUCAUGUACUCGAGUUAAAGUCGAGACACCCAAG